ACCUCCUCGAAGGACGAUAUGAAGAGUUUUUUUGUUAUUGUUCACCAAAGUCACACAAAGUUUUCCGCUGCGAUCGCGGUAGUAAUUAAGGUUGCUGCACAUGUCGGUCGCAUGUGCAGAUAAUUGUGUGUACAUGUACUAGCGGUUUGGUCGGCCAAUUGUUCUUCCCGCUAUUUUUGCGACCAUUAAAAUAGAUUCGAAUCCAUAGCCCAUUAAAAUUAGACAGAUAUAUUUAAGUUUAUAAUGCAAAUGUUGCCAUGUGCAAUGAUGUUUUUCCCAUGGAUAUUUUUAUCUGUCAUGGGUAAUGGAGAAUUUAUUAACGAAUGGCUGGUGGAAAUUCCUGGUGGAUUGGACGUGGCGCAGCAAGUGGCGAAAGAACAUGGAUUUAUCGUUGUCAAAGAGCUACCGGAACUUCCGAAAGUGUUUCAGUUUAAAAGACUGGACAACACCUCCCACACCAAUGAUACUUUUUGUACACUCGGCGAUUCCAGAAGCAGUUCCAAUACGACGCUAAACUGCACCUCGCUAUCGGCUACUUCCGUACACCGAUCUAAACGAAAAGUUCCGGAUAGUAAUCCCAUUGCAGCAAAACUGGUCAAUAAACCGGCUAGCAAUUUGGAACGCGACACUCGGAUUAAAUGGGCAGAACAGCAAAAAGUUCUCGUGCGUACCAAGCGAGACUACCAGGACACCCCAAAAUUAUUUUUUAUCGACGAUAACGAUAAUGCAUUUUCCAUAUCGUCCACCGACACCAGAUCGGUUUCUCUUCCUGCAUCCAAUUCGGCACCAGACGCCGAAGCAUUCAAUGAUCCACUGUGGGCUACGCAGUGGUACCUACACCAGCCAUCCAGUAAAUCAGCGGAUCGUAAUAUGAGAGCAUUGCAAGAUUCUUCGCCAAUCAGUCUGCAAGUUGCGCCGGUCUGGCAAAAAGAAAUCACCGGCAAAGGCGUUGUAGUUACAAUUCUGGAUGAUGGUUUGGAAAGUAAUCAUAGCGAUCUCGCCGUCAAUUACGAUGCGGAAGCCAGUACCAACAUUAACGGCAACAAUCGGAAUCCAACCCCACGAUAUGAGAAUCCCGAAGACACGCACCACGGGACACGAUGCGCCGGCGAAGUGGCCAUGCAAGCCAACAACAACGUCUGCGGUGUUGGAAUAGCAUAUGAUGCACGUAUUGGUGGCGUUCGUAUGCUAGACGGAACGGUGACGGACCGCGUGGAAGCCGAGUCGUUUUCUUUCAACAACGAUUACAUCGACAUCUACAGCUCAUCCUGGGGACCGAGUGAUAACGGGCGCACUGUCGAAAAACCCGGGUCAAUGGCCGCGAGGGCAUUGGAGAAAGGCGUAAAAGAAGGACGCCAGGGAAAAGGCUCUCUUUACGUGUGGGCGUCCGGGAAUGGCGGGAUUAAUGGCGAUUCUUGCGCCUAUGACGGUUAUGCAUCCAAUAUCAAUACCUUAAGCGUCGGUAGCACCACGGAAUACGGUCAUGUGCCCAUCUACGCUGAGCAGUGCCCGUCAACAAUGGCGUGCACUUGUUCCAGUGGAUCAUACUUCGAAGGAAAGAUUGUCAGCACCGAUUUAUUAAACCGGUGCACGUCCAGUCACACCGGAACGUCCGCUUCCGCUCCGCUAGCAGCUGCUAUCGUUGCAUUACUCCUGGAAGCGAAUAAUAAUCUGACAUGGAGAGAUGUAAAACACCUCGUAGCAUGGACGGCUAAUCCGUUUCCGCUAUUGCAUACUCCAGGCUGGUACGUCAAUGGAGUGGGCAUGUUAGUGCAUCCCAUUUUCGGGUUCGGCUUAAUGGAUGCAGCCAAAUUAGUACAAGCAGGACAACUGUGGGAAACUGUACCGGAAAAGACCAAGUGUGCCAUUCGUAAAGCCGGUAUAGAGAAUGCCCUGUUUUCUCACAACGAAAGCCUUGUUGUACCGGUGACAACUCGAGCCUGCCGGAACACUGUAAAUGAGAUUCGGUAUCUGGAACACGUGGAAGUGAUUGUAUCGUUAUCGCAUCUCCGACGAGGCGUGGUGCAGAUAUACUUGGAAAGUCCAAUGGGAACGCGAACCCUCAUCGCACCGAAACGUCGAAAUGACUUGUCUACUAACGGAUUCGUUGAGUGGCCUUUUCUUUCCGUUCAUAACUGGGGAGAGAAUCCGUAUGGGACGUGGAAAGUAACCUUCGAGAGUCAGGGCAACAACUCACAACUUUUUGGAGCUCUGCAAUCUCUGAAAGUCGUUUUCCAUGGAACCAAAGAGGAACCGAAAUCAACAGGCGUAGUACGGGAGAUGCGAAGGCAGCAAACAUCAGAUGCUCUGCAACAAGCUGAUAAGGAGCCUUCCUAACAGUUAGGAUAACGAACCAAUAACACUUCCGAUUUUUCAGUAUUCCAGAUAAAAUAUUGUUUCUGUUUGUUUAUUUUUACUGUAAUUUAUUCUGAAUUUGCCACUGUUCCCGGGCUUUCGAUUGUUUUGCCAGAUUCCGUCCGCUGGGAGAAUAUUAUAGACGAUAAUUAAGGAAGUAGAUUAUUUACAGUUAGCUGUUGACUAGGCGGCGGCAGCUGAGUGUGUAAUGUGUAAAAUAAACUCAA